GAUCUUCAAGGAGUUUUUUUUAAAGGAAAUAACCCGAUCCUUUCCCCAGGACAGAAAGUGGCUGCCUGGCUUAAAAAGCAAACCCGAAAAGCCCACCUGGUGACUUCCCUGAUGCGCCCUAAGGAAGAGAUCUGAACAGGACAAUGUAUGGGCAAUUUCUCAAUGCCACCAGCGUGACUGACCCUCACCUCCUCAUGCAGACCAACACGCCCUACGUCGGGAGCACCCAGAGACCCGUCAGCUCGUCGGCUCUUUACAUGUCGACCGCCCGGGCGUUAAAAGAAGGCGAGAUCAACAAGCCGGAUCUGGUGACUUACAUCGUCCUGUUCUUCUUUCUGCUCCUGGCGGUGACCAUCAUUGUACUUUUCAUUAACUGCCAGCUGAAGAAUUCUUUUUUCGCCUCUCUACCUUACGACAGGUCGCUGAGAGAAGCGAGGAGCCCGUGGAAAACGCAAGCUGUUUAAUCCUCAGACUUAGGAAAUUGGGGAGGGGGAGAGAGAGAAUGCCUGAUAUGAGCUUUGUUGUGAUAUACAAGGGUCUUGUGAACCCAACGCACUGUAUAAUGGCAUCCUGUUUUCAUUUGGCCCCGGGCAAAAUCCUGCCACAUAUAAAUAUGAUUUUUCUUAAAGCAAGCCAGAGGAAACAUUGUCGGAAGGCGGGUGGUGAG